AUAUAUAGAUAUAUAAGUUACAUGUUCAUAAAACAUUUCAUAAUCGGAAUUUGUAUUCGGAAAUGAAAUACUUUAAAAAUAAAAUUUUUUUAAACCGGAAAUUAAGUACAAUUACAGAUUGCGCAGCAGGAGGCAGCAGCGAGUGUUCGGCUUUUCGUGUGAGAGGGAGACGAAGAAGAGUUUGGAGUUUCCGCGGCGCUGUUUGGGUUUGAAUCGGUGUUAGCGUUUAACUAAGCACGAAGCCAUGACUCUUGCAAUGGCGAUGGAGAAGAAACCAAACACAAUAAAGCAGACUGCUGCUAAGAUAAAGACAAAAAUUCACAACACAUCAUCGUUCUUCAAGCUUUCUUUGAAAACCAACAACAAAGCCCUUGCCUUGGCUCUGGUUGCUCAGAAACAGAAAUCCAAGCAGCUUGAGAUGGAAACGGUGCGUUUACAGAAACAUCUGCAGAGCCUGAACUUUGAUCUUGCCAUCCAGCGUCAUAAAAAUAAACAAAUGUUUACAGUUCUGCAUGAGUUCUAUAAUACCUCCAUCAACUGCAUGGCUAAGGCAGUGGACCUUAUCUCCAAAGAAGAGGGUGCUGAGAGCUUGGACAUGUUGAUCACUGAAGAUUCUUCUCAGACCGAGAAAGAUGUAACUGCGCCAUUACCUGAGCCGAAACACAGAACCAGUUUAUCUAAAUGUGGGCAAAAUAGGAAUGUCCAGGACCCUGGUGGAAAUGUGUCAAUAACGAAUGACUGUCCGCCGCAAAGUUCUCCACCUAAAACCAAGGAAAAGCCUCCCAGUCCAGAAGUGCACCAUACAGAACCUCAAAAUACUCUUUAUGACUCACAGAUGGAGUUCACUGUAGUUGACAAUGUUGCUGAAAUCAUCACCGUUCAGACCAAACCAAAGAAAAACUGUAAAGAUGAUCAGAGAGGAACUAGAGAAAAUGUUGAGUCUUGUUCAGCAAAAGCUAGAGAGAGCAUUGUGCUGAAUUAUGAUAAAGCAGCAGUGGAAUCAUCUCAUCUAAAGGAUUCAACUGCAGAUACAUCUAUGCGACAGUCUUGCAAAACACAAAUCCAAACAAGUGCACACACUUUCACUGGCAGCAAUGAAGAGGAGAGUUUGCCACAGUGGGUAGAGCCUGUGCAUGAGCAAGAGGAAUCGAUCACGGCACGCAGAAAGACUCACGUCACCUCUCGUUACACAAAAAGCAACAAACGAUCAAAUUCUCAAAAACUCAUUGCAGGAUAUACGGAUACAAGGCAAACCUACGUCAUCUCUUUGCAUGAGUCCAGCUUUAUUUCCACCAGUGAUGAUUUAGAUGAUUACUUUAGCGAACAAAAAGUAGAAAAUCCGAUCAAGAGCAAGGAAAGUCUAUCUGACUCGAAUAUAUCUAAAGACAAAGGCACUGAAAGUGAAACUGAAGUGCUGAAAGCUCAGUACAAUAAUGCAAAGAGCAGGAAAACAUACAUAGUCCCACCUAAGCCAAGAUCACAGGGCAGGAAGACUAAAGUUUCAUCUUUCAGUAUAGAUCAAAGUGUAAAGGACAGUGCUGAAUUCGCUAAUGUUCACACUGAUGUCCAGGAAAACCAGGUCCACUCAGAAAAACAUCAAAACAAGCAGCCAGCUCGGUCACCCUCUGAGACAGAAGAAUUCAUUACACAGAGAAACAGAGGAACAUAUGUGAUCCAUACAGCUCAGAUGUCAGAUGCUUGUAUUGACCUCCUAAAUCAUCCAUUAGACAGUCACACGAAUGUCACAUCCCAGGAAACCACAAAUGCAAUGACUUUGGAAAGCACGCAUGAUGCACAGUGUACCCCAGGGAUGACUGAGGGGCAGCAACCAGAGCAAGGGGUAUUUCAUAAAGCGGAAAAUGGAAGCUUUUUAAAACAUUCACAAAUGACCUCUGAUGAAAAUAUUUUAGAAAAUUCCUCUGAUCCUUCUUCAAUGGUGCACACUAAAGCCAAGAAGCCCAAGAUGACAGAGAUAAAAGAAAGAAGGAAGAACGUUGCAACAAGAGAAAAUGCAUCAGGAAAGAGAAGACGGACCAAAAAUACCUCUAUUCAGAUUGCUGAUAUUUUGCCAAAAGAAAUUCCAGUACCAGGUGAAUAUACAAAGAAAAACAGCACUUCCACUAAUGUAACAGAUGGAUCCACUUCCACUGCUCUUGAGGAGGCUUUCAUGGAUGAGCCUGUAAUUGAGACUGUGGACACAAACAGCACACACGUGACACACCUUGACAAUAAUGACGACUUGUAUACCAUUAAUGACAUCGGCAUAAAUUUGAAACAUGUCAGUUCAAAGCAUCACACCAUCCAAAAUCAUAAGAGCAAGUGCAGAGAAACUUAUGUUUUAUCCGAUCGCAAUUCACAGUUAAAGGGAAAGGAGAAUGUUGUGGUUUUCAGCAGCAAUGAAGAGAGUUUACCUGCAAAUAGAGAAAGUGAGAUUUGUUUUGUUACGGAUAGUCUUGUUCAUGACAGUGACAGCCAAUCAACCCCCAAAAAAGCAGAGCAGUUUAGACAGAAUCACAGUGGAUUAUUCUCUGAGGAUAAGCCUCCGUGGGAAUCCCUCGAUUUUGGCUCCACUGGGAGUUUUAUUACUGACAGUUCUGUCACAAUCCAGAAGGAUUCACAAGAGAUUUCUUCACGAACAAUGGACAUUUAUGAGGAACCUGGGUGGAAUGUGACGCAACAAUCUACAGGUGGAAGAGCAAUGAAGAGCUUAACAAACACAGACUUCACAGCCAAUCCAUUAAGCCGAUCCCGCAGGAAGGCAGCUCCUGUGUCAUACAAGGAGCCGGCUAUCAACUGCAAAAUGAGGCGUGGAGACAAAUUCUCAGAUACCAGAUUCUUAAGUUCUCCAGUGUUCAAAAACAAAAAGAUGAAAAAGGUUAAGAAAAACUUUGAUUAAAUACCCAUUACCCAUUAUGAAUAGAAGUUGAACAGCUAACAUUAUAUAGUUCACCUCUAUGCUUUGAUUGUAUUUCCUUUUUUGUUUCGUAAUAUUUCUUGCAGCAGGAUUUUUAUAAUUUAAAUGAGCUUUCAUUAAAAGGUAAUUCAGAGAACACUGUUUAAAUGGCCUAUGAAAGUCCAUCUCUCUAUUGGUUGCUAUGUUACUGAAGUAUUGACGUGGCAGUCAGGUAGUGAAUGAAUAAUUCAGAUAGUGUUCACCUGAUAUGUGUACUGUUGCUGCAGAAAAGAGUUGCCUUUUUUUUGCAUGGUCUGAAUGUAUUCAGGGGCAUUCGGUGAGUUACUGUUUUAUUAUUUCAGUCAAAUGAAAUGACUUAAUUGUUCGCCUGUGAAAUUUCAUGUUAUUGUAAGUGCUCUUCUUUUUUGGUGUGUGUAUUGAUUUUGAGAGAAUGUAUGCUAUUUCUGUUCUUUAUUGUUUUUCACAAAUGUCUUUUUGAAUUUUAAGUCAUAUGCAUAGGCCACUUUUGCUGUACUUGGCAAUAAUUAUUAUUAAUAUUUUCUUUUUUUUUUUUUUUCUUCAUAUAUUAUAGUCCUUGGACUCUG